CUGGCUCGUGUUCUUCACUGCGUUCUCCGUCUUCUCGUCUUCCACAGCUCACCGCCACUGCCAUUACCACCAUUGCGUGUUUGUGGGUGUGCAAGUAGCCUCCUUUCUACUCGUUAUCUACAUCCCUCUUUCUAUCUGUUCUUGCGCUUUUGACAGCAGUAGCCGUGAAAAGCAGAGGGAGGGAGGCAGACAUUGGAGGGCGAGGUGAAGAAGAACGAUGUUGUGUGGACUUCUAGGCGGAAAAUUCUUCAGAAAAUGCAAGCACUCGGCGAAGAACAUAAGGACGAGGGUUGUGCCGAUCCGCAAUAAGAAGCAGGCCACGGUGUGGUGGCUCAAGAAGGACGUCGCUGACCUCAUCGCCGCCGGCCACGAAGCCAACGCAUAUGGAAGAAUUGAUGCUCUCAUGGUAGAGAUAAACCACACAUCAUGCUAUGACAUAAUCGAUCAGCACUGUUUAUACAUCUUGAACCAUCUUCCAGACCUGAAGAAGCAGAGGGAAUGUCCUCGAGAAGCCAUGGAAGCUAUAGCAACUCUAAUAUUUGCUGCUGCAAGAUUUUUUGAUUUACCUGAGUUGCGUGAUCUUAGGCGUGUGUUUAAUGAUAGAUAUGGGAGUUCAAUGGACUCAUCUAUAAAUGCUGAGUUUGUUGAUAAAAUUCAAGAGAAGUCAUUUUCAAAAGAAAAGAAGUUGCAGCUGAUGCAAAGUAUUGCGGAAGAGUUCUCCGUGAGAUGGGAUUCUAAGAGAUUUGAGCACCUAUCAAGUGCGACGCCGGGGAAAGCUACUCAUCCAGAUACUAGAAACAAUGAAGCCUCACCAGUUCAGGUUGGAACCAAAGAAAAGGUUUGGUCCAUAGAAAGAUAUCCUUCAAAUCCUGCAAGCAUUGCACGAAAAGAGCAAAUAGAAGCAGAUCCCAAAGACACUCAUGUUGUUUCAGCUGAAAUUAAGACGCCUGCUCGGGCUACUUCAAUGCUGAUGCCUGAGCUAUUGAAUCCUAAUGGUGGUCGAGUGCUUCGCAACAUGCCAGAUUACUUUCAGUUGGCUGCGCGGCUUGCUGCUUCAAGGAACACUUGAAGUACAAAGCAACCAUGCCAUGGUGCCAUUUGGUAGUUAUUAUUAUUAUUAUUCACCAGUUUGGAUCUUGAGAGACGUGUCUGGUCCAUGUCGACAUAUCGUUGCUUGUGUCUUCGUUGCUAACAGUCGUUUCCAGAACCGGCUCUAUUGUCCAUCUGAAAUUUAAAAGACGCAAAUUUAACA